CGUAGCCAGUUCAUAGUAAACCAUCCACACUGCGUGGACUCUUUUUUCCUCAACGCUGCCGAUACAAAUAAACGUCCUAGGAAGCAACUCACGAAACAAUAGUCCUGGCCGGCUCAGAAAUGGCUUCACAACAGGAUCUUCAAGAACUGCUAAGGGUCAUCACCUCUCGGAAGGGAGUAACAAUGAUGGCUGCAAUGGGCCAGGUCAAAGCACUGCAGACAGUGGAGCUUCGGAGCAUCCAGCAGAUAAGUGACGCUCCGCUCGACCUGGUCGAGCGAGGUCUGGGUGAUUCAAAGUCGGCCAAGGCUCUACAGACUGCAUGCAAGACUCACAUGAAGAGGGCAAACACCAAAAGAUCCGGGGAUCAUCUUACCUCUCCAAGCGAGAAGCGUCCCAAGAACCACCACCCCAGCGACAAUUCCGAAGGCCCUGCCCAACGUGUAGAGGACAUGGAGGCUGCCCUGAAUCUACCGGUGGUUACGGACGAGAAGGAGAUCGCCGAAGCGUCCAUAUACACCAAUCGGGCGCCACUCAUGUUGGCCUUCGUGUUGGAACUUCUCAGGCACACAAUGCCAAUGCAGCCGAUGUCGAGUCGUCUCAGCUUAGCUCAGGCUGUCGUCAGCGCCAACUCAAAGUCAAAGGCCAUCAGCAUUGGACUGGCCAAGGCCGCCAACGAAGACGGCUCAUGGGGCGAAGGACAGCCAAAGGUCCAUAUCAUGGGCAGAGCUAUAGCUGUUCUCAAGAGAGGCGACUUCAAUAUGCAAGGCAGUGUUUUGGUAGCCCCGGAAUCUCCAGAGAGAGCUUCAGAUGAUAGUCUGCAGGGCAGGAAGCCGUCAGAGUCCUUGGAGCAAGACCUCGGGAGUAUUGCAUUCAUGGGAAAUCCGUGGUCUGCCAGCCGCCAGGUCACUUUCAAAUCGUCCACCUUUGUUGCAAGGGUGGCAAAUGUCGAGGACGGCACUCAGGCGUCAGGUCUCGUCCGCUCCCUCCUGCUAUCCGAGCCACAACUACAAACGGCCACGCACAACGCCUGGGCUUACCGAGUGAAGAGGAGAGGGCAAGACGGCAGGCAAGACAAGGGGUCAGGAGAGGUACGCGAAGCAAGCGAGGACGACGGCGAAACUGGCUGCGGCGAAUUCAUACAACGACUGAUUAGGGAGGCCGGCAUUGUCGACGUGAUUGUAGUGCUGACCAGGUGGUUCGGAGGGGAGAUGCUAGGUCCAGAUCGCUGGAGACUGAUGCGCAACGUCGUCACAGAGGCACUCUCCCAGAGGCUACGACUCACACAGACCCAGGGGGGCUGUGAUGAUGUGGCCUUGUGGGCACUGGAUCUUCAGAACACGGACAAUGGACUUGGCAGCCGCAGUGCCAGCGGAACAAGUGGUAACGUCGUCGGAAUCCCUACCUAUCGUCCGGAAUCAGCUCGGGCGUACUUGCUUAAGAGUUUUGCUUCCGGCCAAUCUGGGGGUGUUCCCAUAGGCGACAAUUCCGGCGGGAGUUCUUCUAAAGCCAAGCAAAAGAGGGUUAGCAAAUCGGAGGUUGACAGUGAGAGAAUGCGCAACCUUGGCCGUCUCCUCGGAGCUCUCCGGCUGCUAUUCGAUAGCUGGAGCAGCCUUGGACCCCGUGAGAUGGACCGCAAGGCAUUCUCAUGGUAUGCGUCUAUCAGACCAGAUGUAAAGCCAGGGGUGGCAGGGUGGGGUGCCAAAGGUUGGCUGAAGCUAGAUUCGAUACUUCAGCUACGUCGAGAUGACGCCCAUAGUACGGGGAAAUAGAUUAUCAACCCGGCAGGAUGCCCAAGCCUUUGGCAGACCAAAGCGCUCACGUUCGUUUUCAAUGUCUGCAGGCUGAGAUUGGG